AUGAAGCUCCCAACACCAUCAUACCAGAACCCGAUCAGUCGAUUAACCACUUUAAAAAAGGCCUUGUCAACCAAGAAGGACGAAACUUCGCCGACGCCCUCCGCACCUCCAAUUCCUUCUUUCACCCUAGUCACACCAUGGACACCCGCAGACAUCCCAAGCUCGAUGCCACCUCUCCCCAAGAUCUCGAACCCAGUCCUAGAGAUGGCAGCUUUCACUCAUGUUGGUAUGGCCAAGACUAAGACCGACCUUAGUUACGACCGUCUUGAGUGGCUCGGAGAUGCCUACCUUGAGUUGAUCUCAUCAUCUCUGAUCUUUCAGACCUUCGGGGGAUUGCCUACUGGAAAAUGUUCCCAAUUGAGAGAGCUGCUCAUCCGCAACUCCAAUCUCGGAGAGUACUCUGCACAUUACAAGCUCUUCGAAAGGGCCAAGCUGCCCUCCGAGUAUAGGCCUAACGGGACCCUGCCCGCCAUGGCCAAGCCACACGAGAUCCAGAAGGUUCACGGAGAUUUGUUCGAGGCAUAUGUCGCCGCGAUUGCCCUCUCGGAUCCGGUCUCUGGACUUUCCCGGGCCGCAGAAUGGUUGAAAACGCUGUGGGCGAGGACGAUCAGAGAUCAAAUCAGAACCAACGCCCGGGAUCCUGGGAUGGGGAUGGUGAAGGAGCUGGGCGGGACUACGACGGUAGAGACUCAAGUUCCGCCCAAGGUCCGGCUGAGCCAAAUAAUCAGUGCCAAAGGCAUCAAUAUCCGAUACGAAGACAUGCCUAGCGCCAACAAGAAGGAUAAGUACAACAAGAAAUUGGCUCUCUUUACCGUCGGUGUCUAUCUGGACGGGUGGGGAGAGAAGAAUAAACUCCUAGGGACGGGGAGCGACCUGAACAAGAAGGAGGCAGGACAGAAAGCAGCUCAAAUGGCGCUGAACAACAAGAAGUUGAUGAAGGUUUACGAGGAGAAGAAAAGGGCGUUCGUGGCAGCCCUUGGGGAGACGGAGGUUGAAUCAGCCUGA